UGCCAUUUGAGCAGACUCUGACACUGACAAAUCCACAGCUCCGUGCUGUUCAAGAGUUUUCAGGAUUUAGGAAUCAGUUCUACCCGACAUAGACUCAGUUCGGCCACCACUUACAGUCACUAUCAAAUCAUCCUCGAUCGACGAGAUGAAGGUCCUCAUAGUGGGCGCCGGAAUCGGUGGCCUCGCCGCAGGAAUCGGUCUUCGUCGAGCCGGUCACGACGUAACAAUACACGAACGCUCCAGCCUUCUCCGCGAGGUCGGUGCUGCGAUCAACGUCUGCCCCAACGCCUCACAAGUCCUCAACCAGUGGGGAUUCGAUCAUAAGCGAGCACGCAUGGUAACAGCACGCAAACAUAUCAUGGCACGGGGAUCGAAUCUCCAGGUUGACCGGGAAGCCACGUUCCCCGACUUCACUGCGCUCUACGGCGGGCCUUGGUUUCUUGCGCAUCGGGUAGAUCUCCAUUCAGAGCUCCGGCGGGUGGCUACGGACCCAGAUGGUGUCGGAAAGCCCGUCGAGAUUGUCUUGCGCAGUUCAGUCGUCGACUACGGCCCUGAAAACGGAGCUAUCACACUCGCAGACGGGACCAUGCACCACGCCGAUCUCGUUAUAGCAGCAGACGGUGUCCACACCUCGACAAUCCGGCACGUUAUUGGCCAUCCCACCGCCGUCAAAGCUACCGGUUGGGCGGUGUUUAGGUUCUUGAUACCAAGCGACGAGCUGCGUCAGGAUCCUGAAAUCAGGCCCCUCGUUGGGAGUGGACCUACCAGGCUUGAAGAUGGUUUGAUGAAGAUCUUCACAGCGGAGGAAAGUAUGAGGCGGCUUGUUUGGUAUCCAUGCGCUGACAACGAGAUGCAGAACUUUGUGGCUGUUCACCAGGACUCUCAUGCCGAGGACCAUGAGAGAGAGGACUGGGAUAGAUCGGCCACCAUUGAGGACUUCAUGUCCCACUUCAAGGAUUUCCAUCCAAGUCUUUUGAAAAUCACCGGAAAAGCAACAAGUAUCAAGCGCUGGCCACUGCUAUACCGCGACCCCAUUCCAACCUUCAGCAAAGGACGCCUAGUGCUUAUUGGCGACGCCGCACACCCGAUGCUCCCGCACCAAGGCCAAGGCGGCGCCCAAGCUAUUGAAGAUGCCGGCGCCCUGAGCGAGAUCUUCGCGGAGAUAAGCGGCACUCCAGACCUGAGAGAAAUCCGCAGGCGGCUCGAGCUGUUCGAGAGUAUACGGCUCAAGCGAGUUUCGGCGAUGCAGGUCCUCUCCGAUGCCGGGCAGGACCAGGCUUGGAGAAUCAAAGAGCGCGCUCAGCGGUAUAUGCCGGAGGGGGUGCAGGUACCGACCAAUCCUCAAGAGUUCUGGGAUCACAACUUUGGGUAUGACGUGUUGGGUGACAGUCGGAGGCAGGUGAAGUUGUGUUUGGAGGGCGGGAACCAGUCGAAGCUUUAGCAUCUAUGUGGUGCGAAAGAAUUUUAACAGGGUGUAACUUGGAGCACCAUGUGUAUCUUGUUCAGCGAUUCAGAACGGUACCUUCCAACUUCCCACCGCAACGCCCAGCAUUAGACGAGAGUUCAAAGCAGUCACGGCAGAAGCCCAAGUGACUGAUAACCACAUGUACUAGCCAUAGUGUAUCAGAGAGGUACAGUCUACAUGAUGCUUUUCAUUUCAUAUGUGGUCAAGCAGAACCGGGGUUGACAGGGUGCACCGUUCC